AAAUACAUUGAAUGUCGCACCGGAGGGGGUGCGCGCACAAAUUCACAAUAUUUACUUUAAUUAUACUAAUAACUUUCGUGGUUAAAAAGAAAUAAAAAAUAAGUAUGUCAUUUGCAAAUGCAACAAGCAAAAAAUGCAGAUUUAGCGAAAAAGCCGCAGCUGGUUUCGACUUCCUCAAAAUGACCUCGAUGUUCCAUAACUUUGGUGCUUUUACAGCAAGCGUCCAAAGGCGCUAAUGACGAUCGACAACAAAAAACGAUGGUGAAGGUGAAGGAUGUCAAAGGUAAUUGUGAUAAGUUGAUAUGCAGUACGCGAUGAGUGCUUGGAAACUCAUGCAACGGAGAUGCUACGAUUUUCUGUCCCAUCGCUACUCCCUCCUCGUCAUCUUCGUGACGCUUACCUGCAUCUUUGUCGGUGUCGUUCACUUUGGCGAGGUAUGGAUAGCAUGGAGCAAAGAAAAGUACAAGGCAGUAUUUCAUUCUUUUAAUGACAAUAUUCUUGGCAUAUCAUUUCAAAGACAAUUGUGUCAACACGUUCCCAUCGAUGUAGUCUAUACCUGGGUCAAUGGAUCUGAUCCGCUGUUCCUUGAUGAUUUACAAUUAUACGUUCCAGUAACAAGUGCUAAUAGUGCAGCUUCUAGAUUUAGCGAUAAAGACGAACUAAGGUAUUCACUUAGAUCAUUAGAAAUGUAUGCACCAUGGGUGAGAAAAGUGUAUGUAGUUACUAAUGGACAAAUUCCAAGUUGGCUCGAUAUGGACAAUCCAAAAGUUUCGCUCAUAUCGCACGAAGACAUUUUUACAAACUUGAGUCAUUUGCCUACCUUUUCUAGUCCAGCCAUUGAAAGCCACAUUCACAGAAUUCCUGGAUUGUCUGAAAAUUUUUUAUACUUGAAUGACGAUGUCAUGCUGGGUGCUACUGUUUGGCCCGAAGAUUUUAUAUCUCAUGCCAGUGGGCAAAAAGUUUUUUUAGCUUGGUGGGUUCCUGAUUGUUCAGAUGUUUGUCCCUGGACAUGGGUCCGAGAUGGAGCUUGUGAUCCAACUUGUAAUACGACAUUGUGUGAAUUUGAUGGUGGUGACUGUGAUAUUUCUGCUAUGGAUGAUGCAGAUAUAGAAAUUGAUGAAAUAGAAAGUGAUUACCCUUACGGAUUUUUACGAGAACCAAAGGCUAAAGAGAAUGAAGCUGUAGGACUUUUAGAAAAAAAAAAGAUGGAAAAUUAUUUUGACGCGAAUGAUAGCACAAAUUCAAUUCAUGUGCGCACUUUACUUUCCCACUCUAAUUCAUGGGAAGUAAAUUCAAGCAAUCUUUCUAUAAAUCAUUAUUCUUCAAGUAAUUUAUCAAAUCAUGUAUAUAGAGUAGAUAAAAAGAAUGCUCUCAAACUUUUUGUAAAUGACGAUAUCAUCAAUUUAGUACACGUAAAUGAGACAUCUAGGAAUAAUAAGUUAGAGUAUGCAGAUCGUCAAAAGAAAAAAUCGAAAGGACUUGAUACAUACGCCGAAUCGUUGCUUUAUGUUAACAAAAUUUACAAUAAAGCUUACGGCUUUGAGCGACGCAAAGUACCGGCUCAUAUGCCGCAUUUAUUAAACCGAACAGUUAUUGCAGAAAUGCAAGAAAAGUUUGCAUUAGAAUUUGAUAAGACGUCAAGCCACCGGGUAAGAGAUCCCGAAGAUAUGCAAUUUGCUUUUUCAUAUUUUUAUUUUUUAAUCAGUGAAAAACAUUCGGUACAUGCGGAAGAAAUAUUUGAUACGUUUGACACCGACAAGUCUCGGACUUGGUCAGAUCGAGAAAUACGAACGUUAUUAACGAGAAUGUAUCCGUUACCUCUUGAUUAUAGUUUAGUGGUCGAUUUUGAAAAUGCUAUAAUUAACUGCUCCCGACAUAUUGAUUUGAGAAGCGUUUCAACGCAACAACCUCCACCUUCUGGAGAAAGGUAUUUGGAUUCUACUUUGCCGAUCGUUCGUCGAGAACUAAUUCUCAAAUGCGAUGCAAUCAUCAAUAGAAUUCGCUCUAAAUUCGGCCAACGAAAUAAAUACCUUCAUAAAGUUAUCAAUGCCGGUAAAGAUGAAACUUUUGAAAUGCUCACCAGCAACGUAUCAACUACAGUGAAAGUAUUUGACCGAAUACGCAGCAAUCCUAAAAAAUUUAUUUGCCUGAACGACGAUAUGGAUCCAUUGCGACGUUCCGAAAAUGAAGUAGUUCGAGCUCUUCUAAAUGAUUUUUACCGCUCCCUCUACCCGAUCAAAAGUAGUUUCGAAUUGCCAUAUCAGUAUCGAAAUCGUUUUACGCAUCGACACGAAUUACUCGAAUGGCGAGCAGGCCGCAUCAGAGCCAGAAACGCCAUGUUACUUUUAAUAAUAUUGUUACUUUCUUUUACCUUUUAUCACGCAUUUCGCCACAAAAUACGAAGGCUCUGUCCUAUUCGGACGCUACCCACACUGAUGGUUUAAUUUAAUUGAGCCAACGUAUUCAUCAUUUUCUAGUCAAAGACAGUGUACAUACAUUCACACAUAUAUAUAUAUACAUAAUGAAGUUUCAUGACUAAAUGUUUGUAAAAUUGUGUACAAAAGAAAUCGAGAGAACAUAAUCAUUUUAUUGCAUCAUUGUAUUUAUAUACUUAAAGUAAUUACGAUCUUUCAAUAAAUACGUAUUUUAUGAACAACGUGAUAAAUAACAGUCUCGGAACAAAUGUAAAUGAUAAAUAUUAAUGUUGGUAAAAAUU